UUGCGUUCCGGCCGUUGACUUGAAAGCACGUGUCACAGAGGUUUUCUCAGUCCCGAGUGCACUGUUCCGGCUUACUUGCUGCGGGAGGAGACAGAGAGAGCGCAUCGGUACCGGGUAAAAUUGGUAUUUAUUACGAGUGGAUUCAAAAGUAUCGUUAGUACGAUCACAGCAAUGGAUACGAUUGCAGGAGCGAUUUUGUGUUUACCAACCAUAACUGUUUCUCUGCUAGCUAUAGUGGUCGUAAUAGUAACAGCCUACUAUUACAUUGAGACAUCUCGAGAAGUUCGUCUCAUAAAGAAAUUACCACACCCACCAUCCGUGCCUAUCUUUGGUCAUGCAUUAAUGCCUUUAGGAAUGUCUCCUAAUACUUUCAUUACUGAAUUAUUAAAAUUAUGGGAUGAAUAUCGGCCGAUAGUAAGUGCAUAUUUAGGUCCAAGAGCAUUCGCUUUUUUAGGAGAUCCACAGGACAUCAAAAUAAUUUUGAAUAGUUCUGUGCAUAUUAACAAAUCCAUAGAAUACAAACUUUUCAAACCAUGGCUUGGAGAUGGUUUGCUAAUCUCGAGCGGCGACAAAUGGCGCAGACAUAGAAAAAUAAUAGUAUCUACAUUUCAUAUAAAUAUUUUGAAAACAUUUGUACCCCUUUUUUAUGAGAACAGCAUAGAACUGGUAAGACGGUUUCGGAAUGAAAUUGGAAAAGAAUUUGAUUGCCAUGAUUAUUUAUCAACUACAACAGUUGAUAUUUUAACGGAAACCGCAAUGGGCGUUAAAAAGGAAAAAGGAGAAAAGACUGAAUUUAAUUAUGCUUUAGCCGUAAUGAAAUUAUCCGAUAUCCUACACCGAAGACAUUACGAUCCACUUUUACGUUUGGACUUUAUUUUCAAAUUUACAAAGCUCGCCAAAAUGCAAAAGAAAUUGCUUAAUAUUGUUCACACAACGACAAACCGUGUGAUUGAAAAAAAAUCAAAGAACAUCGAAGAGAAACUUGUCGAAUAUCAACAGCAAACAGAUAAGUCAGCGGAUAGUUUGGAUACGACCGAAGAUCUGGAAGAUGCUCAAAGCAAUAUCAGUAGUUAUACAAAAUUUCAUUAUGCACGAGAUGAUCUCGAUGAUAUCGAUGAGAACGACGUAGGCGAGAAAAGACGACUUGCUUUUCUAGAGAUGAUGUUAGAGAUGAGAAACGGUGGGCAAAUGACCGACGAAGAGAUCAGAGAAGAAGUAAACACUAUUAUGUUUGAGGGUCAUGAUACCACAGCAGCUGGCUCGAGUUUUGCACUUUGCAUAUUAGGAUGCCAUCCAGAUAUUCAGGCUCACGUACACGAAGAAUUGGAUACAAUUUUCGGCGAUAGCAACAGGCAAUGCACUUUUCAGGAUACUUUGGAGAUGAAAUAUCUCGAAAGAGUUAUUUUAGAAUCUUUGAGGCUUUUUCCCCCAGUACCAGCAAUUGCCAGACAACUUGACGAGGAUGUGCAAAUAGUUUCAGGCAAUUAUAUUCUUCCAAAGAAUGCCACGGUGAUAAUUUUACCAUUUGUAGUACAUCGUAUGGAAAAAUAUUAUCAUCCGACGGCGUUUAAUCCAGACAAUUUUCUACCGGAAAAUAUGCAGCAGAGGCAUAGUUACGCUUAUAUUCCUUUUAGUGCCGGACCAAGAUCAUGCGUAGGGCGGAAAUACGCUAUGUUAAAGCUGAAGGUUCUGUUAUCAACAAUACUGAGGAAUUACCGUGUCAUUUCCGAUUUGUCGCUUGAAGAUUUUCAAUUGCGAGGCGAUAUUAUUCUGAAAAGAGAGGAUGGAUUCAAAAUCAAGAUCGAACCACGCAAGCCAAUAUCUUGUGAAUUAAAAUAACAACUAGAACGUAAGAGUACUUGUGCGAGAAUGAAAUGUAUCGAUGUAUAUUUUGAUAAGCUUUCUAUAUCACAUAUGUGCCAGUUAUUAUGAAAGUAACCUAAGUUAUAUAUUUCUCGUUUCGAGAUAUUCAAACUUUUGCGUUUGACCAUAUUAAAAAUAUUUUUUCAUCAUGGUGCAAAAUUUAUCAAAAAUUAUAAUGCUCGCCGCUCCUCCGGAGAGUACUGGGAAAAUAAAAUAUCCAGGGUGGACCAAAACUAGCAAAAAAAUGCAAUGGAGUGGCAUGAGGGACUUCUUCACAAAAUAAAACAAAAUUUCUCUACAAUUUACUAUAUACUUCUCAAGUCCUAUCUAAGCAAUCGGCAUUUCUUUGCCAAGCAAAAUGAGGCGAUUACUGAACUGUAUGAUAUUCAAGCUAAUGUCUCUCAGGGUAGUGUCCUGGGACCUAUACUUUAUUUGCUCUUUACAGCCAAUCUUCCCACUCUAACCGGCAUGACAAUAGGCACUUUCGCAAAUGACACGGUGAUACUUGUGGCCCACAACAGCCCCACGGUUGCCUCUAAAAUGCUCCAGAGCAGCCUCGAGGGCAUAGAAUCUUGGCUCAAAAAGUGGAGAAUUAAAAUUAACGAAACCAAAUCUGUCCAAGUGACUCACCACCAAGCACGGAACGUGUCCUCUUGUCUCUACAUCAACGGAACGCAAAUUCCGCAAGCUAAAUAUGCCAAAUAUUGAGGAGUUUACCAAGACAAAAAGCUUUCAUGGAGAAAACAUAUCUCUACCAAAAGGUAACAACUGGGCUUAUUGCUAAGGAAAACGUAUUGGUUAUUAGGACGCAAAUCUCAGCUCUCGAUUGAAAACGAGAUACUACUGUACAAAUCCAUAAUAAAGCCAAUAUGGACCUAUGGACUGCAGCUGUGGGGCACAGCUGCUAACUCCAAUGUCGAAAUCAUCCAGUAAUUUCAGUCAAAGAUUUUAAGGAUUAUUGUCGACGCACCUUGGUUUAUUACAAAUGAAAUAUUGCAUCACGACCUGGGUAUACCCACAAUCAAACAGGAAAUUAACAAAAUAGCGUUAAACCACAAAAAAGGCUAGAUAGCCAUCCCAAUAGUCUGGUAACUGACCUCAUAAAUCCUAGGAGAAAUAAGCGUAGAUUAAAACGAAAAACGUCUAAUGAUUUGAUUCUCAGCGUUAAAUGACAACUGAAUAGCUAAUCUUAUACUGUAAUUUGCUACUUUUCGGGUAUAUCAUUGGAUAUAUGCCGACCAAGUCCUGACUAUCUUCAACGCAUUACUGAAUGUCCUAAUGACAGAUUGUUAUGUAAUAUGGAGUUAAUAAAAAAAAAAAAAACUUUUAUAUCUUU